AUGGACACAAGAACAUUUUAUGGGCGGAAGGAACAUGAUCGAGCAGUUAGGGUCAUUCCGUCUGACAGUGAGGACAGUGAGCUUGAGGAGAGUGACAGUGAGCUUGAAGAGGGUCAGGAAGAGUGGAUCCCCGAAUCAGGAGAAUGCCUGUCUGUUGACAAUGAGACUGAGUUUGAGGAUGAAGAUGAAGAUGUAGCAGAGGUUGAUGUUCCACGCCUACCCCGGUGGAGGACACCCCACAAUGCAUACUUCAAUUCUUACCCAGAAUGGCAGGGCCUGCUUUCAAGAUCUGAUAAUAUCAUGCCCCCCCUCCAGUACUUCAAGCAGUUUUUCUCUGAAGACAUUCUGGAAGUUAUUGUAGGGCAGUCAAAUCUAUAUGGGAUACAAUGUAACGCAAACAAGCCCCUAAACCUCACUACAAAAGAAUUGGAGCAGUUCCUGGGUAUUGUGGUGUACAUGUCAUUGUUUGGUUUACCAUGCACCCGCAUGUUUUGGAACAAAGCCUGCCGAGUGUCCCAAGUAGCUGACACCAUGAUACUGAAUAGAUGGGAGGCCAUCAAAAAAUCCCUGCACUUCAGUAACAAUGAAGAGAGACAGGAGGAAAAUGAUGAUCCACUCCACAAGAUCCGACCACUGGUCACUCAUCUAACCUCAAAACUGACGUCAAUCCCAAUGGGUGAGAAGCUGGCUGUUGAUGAGCAGAUGGUCCCAUUCAAGGGAAGAAAUAGAUUGAAGCAAUACCUGCCAUCAAAACCAAAGAAAUGGGGCUACAAGAUACUCGUCUUGGCUGGCUCUGAUGGUGUCCCGCACAACUUAGAAAUCUACACAGGGAGAGUUGUACAGCCCCCUGAGCUAGCAGAUGUGGGAGCAAGUGGCAACGUUGUCCUCCGCCUGGCCCAGCCUAUACCCAAGCAAAAGAACUACAAGCUCUUCUUCGACAACUGGUUUAUGAGUGUCCCUCUUGUGCUCACACUGGCUCUGCAGGGAAUUCACUGUACUGGUACUGUUCGUGGCAACAGACUACCAGGCGUCAACUUGAUGUGCGAUGCUGAGCUGAAGAGAGCAGGACGUGGAUCUUUUGAACAGAAGAUGGCCAUGGUUGGAGAAACCACCUUGCACGUUGUGAAGUGGUACGAUAACUGCUCAGUGACCCUUCUGAGUGAUUACACUGGAGCCCACCCAGUCACCGAGGUUGACAGGUGGGAUCGCAAGCGAAAGAUGAUCAUCAAAGUCCCCUGCCCUGCUGUGGUGAAAGAAUACAACAAGAAUAUGGGUGGGGUGGAUCUGCUUUACUCACUGAUUGCACUGUACCGGAACAAAAUCAAAUCAAAGAAGUGGUACCACCGGCUGGCGUUCCACUUCCUGGAUAUGAUCAUCGUGACCACCUGGCUGCUCUACUGA